AUGUAUGGCCAAUAAUUUCAAUUAACCUUCAAGGGAGAGAAAGAAUUCAAAACUAUCGUUGGAGCAUUGAUAACAUUUGUUGUGACUGUUUAUUCAUUUAUAUACUUUGUGCAGCGAAUUGCUAUGAUUGCUGAUUAUGGCAAUACAACAUCCAACAGCUAUACUGUGCAUCAAGAGAUCAAAGAUAGUUAUGAUACUAUCAAUUUAGGGUAAGUAAAAUCAUAAAAGGGAUAAUAUGGUGAUAUAGUCAAAAUGAUUUUGAAUUUGCUAUUGGAUUCUCUUUCCCUUUAGAUUCUAGAGUUGCAACUUUCGAAGCAAUGA